AGAAAGCGAAGAGACUAGCCUCUCGAUCUCACAACGAAGAUUCCACCCAGAUUUAGCUCUCAACAAGACUCGGGUUUUCGUCUCUCUCUUCCACACUCUCUUUCGGCUUUAUUUAAGCUGUGGGAGGCUCUGCGGAGCAGCAAGGACGCUCUCUGCGAUGUGCACUUUCGGGGUUGCUCCAGAUUUGCGUCUAUGGAAUAAUUUGAUUCACCAUUUCAGUUUCAGUGGUUUGGUACACGAUCAGGUAUCGUUGAUUUACAGCAAGAUGAUAGCUUGUGGAGUUUCUCCCGAUGUUUUUGCUCUCAAUGUGUUGAUUCAUUCUUUGUGCAAAGUGGGUCAGUUGAGUUUUGCGAUUAGUUUAGUUAGAAAUAGAGUAAUCAGCGUUGAUACUGUUACUUAUAACACUGUGAUUUCGGGUUUAUGUGAACAUGGUUUGGCUGAUGAAGCUUAUCAGUUUCUCUCUGAGAUGGUGAAGAUAGGUAUAUUGCCUGAUACGGUUAGCUACAAUACUCUGAUUGAUGGAUUUUGUAAAGUUGGAAACUUUGCUAGAGCUAAGGCUUUAGUUGACGAAAUCUCGGAACUAAACCUUAUCACUCAUACUAUACUCAUAAGCUCCUACUACAAUCUCCAUGCAAUUGAAGAAGCAUACAGGGAUAUGGUUAUGAGUGGGUUUGAUCCGGAUGUUGUUACUUUUAGUUCGAUUAUUAACCGAUUGUGCAAAGAUGGAAAAGUGAUGGAAGGGGGAUUGUUACUGAGGGAAAUGGAGGAUAUGGGUGUAUAUCCGAACCAUGUAACUUAUACUACUCUUGUUGAUUCGUUAUUUAAAGCAAAAAGUUACCGCCAUGCUUUGGCUCUUUACAGUCAGAUGGUUGUGCGUGGCAUACCUGUAGAUUUAGUUGUAUAUACUGUUUUGAUGGAUGGUCUGUUUAAGGCUGGGGACCUUAGGGAGGCUGAGAAAACAUUUAAGAUGCUUUUGGAAGAUAACCAAGUUCCAAAUGUGGUAACAUAUACGGCUUUGGUAGAUGGGUUGUGCAAAGCGGGGGAUUUAAGCAGUGCAGAAUUUAUCAUAACGCAGAUGUUAGAGAAAAGUGUUCUUCCGAAUGUUGUAACCUACUCUAGUAUGAUAAACGGUUAUGUGAAGAAAGGGAUGCUCGAAGAAGCUGUUAGUCUUAUGAGAAAAAUGGAGGACCAAAAUGUUGUGCCGAAUGGUUUUACUUAUGGUACAGUAAUUGAUGGCUUGUUUAAGGCAGGGAAACAAGAAGUGGCUUUUGAAAUGAGUAAGGAGAUGAGGUUGAUUGGGGUGGAGGAAAACAACUACAUACUUGAUGCUCUGGUGAACCACUUGAAGAGAAUUGGUAGGAUUAAGGAAGUUAAAGGAUUAGUCAAAGACAUGGUAUCUAAAGGAGUGACGCUGGAUCAUAUUAACUACACUUCUUUAAUUGAUGUGUUCUUCAAAGGAGGAGACGAAGAAGCUGCUCUUGCUUGGGCUGAAGAAAUGCAAGAGAAAGAGAUGCCCUGGGAUGUUGUUUCAUAUAAUGUCUUAAUUAGUGGGCUGUUAAAGUUUGGCAAAGUCGGAGCAGACUGGGCCUACAAAGGAAUGAGAGAGAAGGGUAUAGAACCAGAUAUCGCUACAUUUAACAUAAUGAUGAAUUCACAACGAAAGCAAGGGGAUUUCGAAGGUAUCCUUAAGCUUUGGGAUAAGAUGAAGAGUUGUGGAAUCAAACCGAGUCUGAUGAUUUGCAAUAUUGUGGUUGGAAUGCUAUGCGAAAAGGGUAAAAUGGAGGAAGCUAUUGACAUAUUGGAUCAAAUGAUAUUUAUGGAGAUCCAUCCUAACAUAACGACAUAUCGAAUUUUUCUCGACACGUCUUCAAAGCAUAAAAGAGCUGAUGCUAUAUUCAAAACACAUGAGACACUAUUGAGUUAUGGGAUUAAACUCAGUAGGCAAGUUUAUAACACUCUUAUUGCUACUCUGUGCAAACUAGGUAUGACGAGAAAGGCAGCUAUGGUUAUGGAGGAUAUGGAAGCGAGAGGCUUUGUUCCUGAUACUGUGACGUUCAAUGCCCUUAUGCACGGGUACUUCGUGGGCAGUCAUGUAGGUAAAGCUCUUUCGACAUAUUCCAUGAUGAUGGAAGCAGGAAUAUCUCCAAAUGUUGCAACCUAUAAUACUAUAAUAAGAGGUCUUUCUGAUACGGGGCUAAUAAAAGAAGUGGAAAAAUGGCUGAGUGAGAUGAAGAGUAGAGGUAUGCGUCCUGACGAUUUUACAUACAAUGCUUUAAUUUCUGGUCAAGCGAAGAUAGGGAAUAAGAAAGAAAGUAUGACGAUAUAUUGUGAGAUGAUUGCGGAUGGGUUGGUACCGAAAACCAGCACUUAUAAUGUGCUUAUCAGUGAAUUUGCUAAAGUUGGGAAGAUGCUUCAGGCGAGAGAGCUAAUGAAGGAGAUGGGUAAGAGAAGAGUGAGCCCCAAUACUUCGACUUAUUGUACUAUGAUAUCUGGUCUGUGCAAACUUUGCACUCAUCCGGAAGUUGAGUGGAAUAAAAAAGCAAUGUACUUGGCAGAGGCAAAAGGGUUGCUAAAAGAGAUGAUUGAAGAGAAGGGAUAUAUUCCGUGUAAUCAAACUAUUUACUGGAUAAGUGCUGCCUUUUCUAAACCUGGAAUGAAGGUUGAUGCUGAAAGAUUCUUAAAGGAGUGUUACAAGAAAAAGAAUGCUCGUUCCUCAAAUUCAUACUAUACUACAGUAGCAGAUUUGGCUCCAAACAGGACACCUAAGCAAUUAACGAUGAUGGCAGCUGCAGAGCAGGCAGGACUUAUGAGUUAUGAUCUAGCUGGUUUCUGGGUCCUUCUCAGAUCGCAUCCUGGUCUAGUUAAAGAAGACAGAAAGAAUGAAUUCAUGUUUGGUCUGGUCAUGGAGGCCAUACCCGAGCUUGGAGCUCGCGAUAUCCUCAGGAGAAGGAUGGAAGCUUCUGGAAUGAUUUACUCAGAGAAAAGAAACCGAGGAUAUGGAGACAGUGAAUCUCAAUCCUGCUCCUUGCUUGGGAAAUCCACACUCACAAUUGUUUCUUUCGUUCAGAAAGUCAUCAAUAAACCAUAACAAAGGGAUUGAAAUAUGAAUUUGCCAAAAUGAUUGAUAUCUCAAAUGAAUAAUUUAUUUUCUU